AUGGUAUCAACAUCAACAUUGCCAUUCGAUGAUUUAGUCAAUUGGAACUAUGUUAUACAUAGUUUAUUGUUCUCAUUAUUCUUCUUUGCCCUGGAUAAACUGUCACCAAUGAUAACGACAAUGUUUGGCUAUGGCAAGACCUAUGAACAUUUGGACGCCAAGCAGAAGAUCAUGUGGGACCAACGAUUAGUAUCAAUGGUUCAUGCUCUAAUUGCUACGCCCGUUUGCGCUUAUAUAUUCUAUGAUUCAAUAGGUAAAGACCCAAUAUAUUAUUACACGGAUCUUAUGUAUAGACAAUUCGUAGUCACUGGAGGCUACUUCUUCUGGGACUUGAAGGUCAGUCUCACAAGACCAGACAUUGUUGGUACUGCAAUGGUAUUCCACGCAAUCCUGGGAGUAGUUGCAAUGCAAUAUGUCAAUUUGAAACAUGGAGGACAUGUCUAUGCAUGCUUUACUGCCAAGGCAUUGCUGUAUGAGGCGAGCACAAUACCAUUGAAUAUCAAGGGAUUCAUUCAGGCGGUCAAUCCAAAGUCCAAGUAUUAUGAAGGGUCAUUGUUGGCAUUCGCCAUAUCGUUCAUAUUUGUACGAUGUAUCUGGGGCAUCCCUUUGACACUGGCACUGCUCUACCAUGUGUCCUCACAUAUCCACCUGUAUCCAGUGGACAAGAGUUUCAUUCUGGUAGGAGAGGGCGUCGCGACGAUGGCCCUCAACACCUGGUGGGGAUCAAUGCUGUUGAAGAAGACACUCAUCCGAAUGUUUGGCUCAAAGGGUGACCGUGAGAAGCUUCUAAAGAACCUCUAG